AAUUAAUCUAAUCAAACUAAAACGAAACACAAAUAAUUAAAAAAGCAUAUAAUCUCUGUCUCUAUUUAUAGUUUUAAGCAACUCCUCUUAAAAGUUUUACCCUAACCUUCAAAAGAAGUGCUUAACCUAAUUGUUGUUGUUGUUAAACCCACCACAUAUACUCGUUACUCGUAAAUAUGGACACAGAAUUAGAUCCAAUUCUUGAUAUAAGUAAAAUGAAGGUACCGGAUUUAAAGCGCGAAUUAAAACUGAGAGGUUUAAGCGCUACCGGAAACAAAACCGAACUUCUUGAACGAUUGAAAAACUCGAUGAAAUCUAAGCUGGACGAUACAGUUGGAGAAUCUGUUGAUGAUCUCGAAGAGGAUCUCUUAAAUGAUGAUGACGAUGCUUCAAUGGGCCAUUUAGAUGGAUCUGAGUCAGGUAUAACAGAUAUUGAUGGAAGUAUGGAUAUUUCAAUGAAUCAAAAGGGUAAACGUAAAUCCGAUGAAGUUCAAGGUAUCGCAAAACCGGCUAAGAAAGUUAUUUUAAACCGAACAUCUUCAGUUUCUGAAGCCGUCCAAGAAGAUACUAAGUCAUUAAUUGAUAGUAAAGAAAAGGAGGAUGAAAAAAAAGUUGUUAAACUUUCAGAAUUAAGUGCAAAAGAUAGACUUGAAAUGCGUGCCAAAAAAUUUGGGGUUGAAUUAUCAGAUAAUGCUAAAAAAAUAGCUCGUGCUGAACGUUUUGGGGGAUCUGAAAAAAUUUCAGCGCCAACAAAUUCAUUGACUACAGAUGUGUUAAAACAACGCGCUGAAAGAUUUGGUUUGGCGCCAACAGCAACCAUACAAAAUCUGAAUAACGAGGAGAGAAAAAAGAAGCGACAGGAACGUUUUGGUUCAGCUGCUAAUGGGUCGUCUCAAAAUGACAAGUUACAACAACGGUUAGAACGAUUUAAACAAACUGUGAAAUGAUACGUGUUUUAAAUAUUCUUUUUUUUAAGUCUAUUUUGUUUCAAUAAUAACUAGCAUCUAAGCAAAACUUGCUUAAAAGUUAAGGAUUUUUUUUGUAUUUUCUAGAUUAAUAUGUAUCUAAUAAAGCUUAAAGAUCAACUCAUA